AUGCUAUCAUGUCCAGACAGCAGCAUGUUCUCUCCAGAUUUGGAAACUGAUACCACUGCGGAAGACACAGCGCCCAACACCCCCAAUGAUGGAGACGAUGCACCCGCCAGCAUUGACGUACUGGAGGAGGUGAGAGUUAAUGCAACAUUUUCAUUCAAAUGCAAUGAAGGCUAAGCGGUUAAAUGCAAUUUACAUGAUAGGAAUGACAGCAUCAUCCUGAAAAAGCGCAUAAUGGUGUUGCCUUUUUUAUGAAUUUAAAAUAACAUGAUAGCCUUCUACACUGUAUAUAUUUAGUGGAAAGGCAACUAAUUCAUUGGUGCAAAAAGUGCAGCUCGCAGUCUCAUAGUAAAAGGCACACAAUCAAUAUAUAUGGGCCUAUACAUGUAGCCCAUAUCAUAUUAUAUUGAUUGUUGCUAUUCAUGUCAUGUCUAUUUCAGUCCUCUGCUCAGAUGGAAUAAAUUCUAUACUGAGUGCAAUUGGUAUACCACAACAUCCUUUAUCUGUUCUCUGGAGUCUAAUAAUCACUAUUAAUUCACCAGCAAAAUACUAUUUCAUUUAAUAGUUUAUCAGAUUUUAUGGAAGUGCAAUAGCCAAGAGCAGCAUGGGGCCUUUCCCUAUCAUCAUCUCUACAUGAAUGUAAUUCUGCAUUCAAAAGUACUGUAUUAUGUAGAAGACAGUAAACAACUUCAUUUUCCCAAGAAAACAAGUCAUAGAAGACAGAGCCUAGUAAUGACAUAUGUAUGCAAGGCUCAAUAGAGUAAUUCAGAGAAUCUGGAUUUUGUACCCUUUAAUGAUGUGUACUCGGAAUGCUAGAGUUUUACCUCCAGUCUGUCAGGCUGUAGUAACACUUAUUCCAUCUGGGGAAUUGGUUGUGUGCAGCUUACCGUGAAAUAUAGCUUCUAGGAGAGACCAUUUCAUUACGACGAGUUGUUCUUACCUCAAACCGACAGUAUGUCCGUGUCCCAGAGGUCUUGACCUAUGAUGCUGUGUUGCCCUGUACCAGGAUGCUCCAAAAAAGUAAAUGCUAUUUUUGACGUUUUACUUGUGUUGUCGAUGCCUGAUUGCAUGUCCCGUCUGAGUCACCCCUUUCUGUCUGGUCUGGUUAGUUUGGUUCAUAACCUUCAUGUGAAACACUUUACCAGUAAUACAUUGAACCUGACAAUUUGUGGUGUUUCAGGGAUAUACGUUAUUUCAGUGGUUCCCAACCUUUUUCGGUUACUGUACCACAAACUGAAUUUUGCUCUGCCCGGAGUACCCCUGAAGUACCCCCUCUUGUGCAUUUUACCAGUAGGCCUAUGGUCUCAUGAGUCUUCUCAAGUACCCCCUGUGGAUAGGCCAAGUACCCCUAGGGGUCCUAGUACCCCUGGUUGGGAACCACUGUGUUAUUGGAACCAAGUUGACUGAUGAUUGACUCAUGAGUCAUUGCUGACUGAGCUCGCCUUUGAGCAUAUAUCAGUUAAUGAGACGUUUCUUGCAUGAAGCAACACUAAUUCUAAGAGCUGAAAAGACCACAAUGACACUUCCACUAUGUUGUCAGUGGAUCUUCAUGGGUGAAUGGCUAUAGACACCUGAAGGACCUUAAUUAGCUGAAUACAACAAGACAAAGUAUAACUAAAUUAACCCUGCCUAUUUGUAAUGUUUUCUGGCCAGUUGCCUUAGGUCUGACUUAUCUCAGCUCUGUGAGAAUGCCUCUGCUGAGGAGGAGAAAUUUCGUUGGCAGCCAGAAUUGCAAAUGUGAGCACUUUCGAAGAUGUCAGGACAGACAGGUUGCUGCACUGAACUCUUCACUUGACACUCAGCAGAUAUAGGGCACACAGAAUGUGUAAUCCGACGACCUGUGUGUUUGAUUUUGUUGUGGUCAAGUUUAGUAUAGAAAAUCAAUGUUCAUUUUAGCAGCCGUCUGAGGUCAUAGAUUGUUUAACAAGUCACUGGGGGAUUGAGGAUACACAUGCCCUGUUGGACAUGGUGCAUGCUUACUGUAACCCAUGCAAAGAUGCUUGAAAUGUUAGCAGAAUGUUAGAGUUGUACAUUGACCUAACGUGAUUAGCAGUUGUUCCCAUUGCAACAUAGCCAUUGCAGCAUAGCCUUAUUAAAUUACAUUCACGCGAGCUACAUGGUAUAGCUCCAACCUCAUUUACUCUAUUCUGAAUUUGGAAAAGCUCAGCACAUUACAGCCAUGUCAUGGUAAUUUGCAUUUUGCCCACAGCAAUAUUGGAUCAGUGUCAUUUCUUAGGCUCAUUGGCGUGUGUACUCACUUCUCAUCAUGUUUUACCAUUCUCUUUCAUAUGGUACAGUAGCUAUUAUUGAUGUGACACUGUUGCUUUCUGCCCUGUUAAAAACCUUUCAACCUGUAUAGGUAAAUAUCAAAUAGCCUACAUUGUGAUCCAGCGCUCCUUAAACACAGCCAUAUCAUCGAACUGAUUCAUCAGACAUGGCGUCACAGGAAAGAAGAAACAUAAAGAAGCUGGUGUACAUUUAUUAGAGAUUCCCUAGUGAAUCCUUUAAGUGCUUCAAACAGUGUUCUCCUUUGAAAUCACUCUGCUGAAACCUAUUUAAAUGCUUUUGUCAUACACAUCUAUCUUUUCAAAGUUAGAGUAUUGUAUGUAAGCUUUUUUCUCACACUGUCUCUCUUUUUCCUCUUCGCUCUCGCUCUCUUUCUGCAGCAGCGGCCUGCGAGGCAGUCCCUGAGUGCCUGUAUGUGUCGAGAGUCCCACUGGCGCUGCCUUCUGCUCUCCCUGCUGAUGUACAGCUGCCUGGGCGCUGUGGCUUGGUGCCAGCUCACCCGAGUCACCAAGCUCAGCUUCGACUCAUCUGUCACAUCCCUGACCUCCAUUUCCUCACUCGAGGGGGUUGGCAUGGGAGGACGCUCUAUGAUUUACCAUGACAGCCCCUGCUCUGACGGCUAUGUGUACAUCCCUCUGGCCUUCCUGUUCAUGCUCUAUGUCAUCUACCUGGUAGAGUGCUGGCACUGCCAGGCUCGUAGUGAGCUACAGUGUAAGGCUGAUGUGGAUAGCGUGUAUGAGCAGGUAUUGAGGAUGCGACAGGCCCGUCCGUGUGUUUGGUGGAAGGCCAUAAGUUAUCAUUUUGUUCGGAGGACCAGACAGGUGACCCGCUACCGGAACGGCGAAGCCUACACCACCACCCAGGUCUACCAUGAGCGGGUCAACACACACGUGGGUGAGGGAGAGUUUGAAUACAGUCGCUGUGGUAUGCAGGACGUCUCACGGGAUCUACGUGGACUGGAGAGCCACCCGGCAACGAGACUUCGUUUCACCAAGUGCUUCAGUUUCACUGGGGCUGGACCAGAAAAUAAUUACCUCAACCAACGUGCCAGGUUCUUCUCAGAGAUUGAGGGUUUGGAUGACUACAUGGAGGCUCGAGAAGGGAUGCAACUGAAAAACGUGGACUUUAAAGAGCAUCUGAUAGCCUACGUGGACCCUGACCGGUUGCCCUGGUAUACUUCUCAGGUGGCUUUCUGGUUCGCUGCUCUGCUCAUGCUGUCCUGGCCCCUGAGGGUGUUUAUAGAGUACCGUACAGCUUUUCUGCACUACCAUGUUGAGAAGCUCUUUGGGCUGGAGUACAGCCACAGCAGCCCCUCUCCAAUAGAGGAGGUUCCCAUCAGGAGUGGUCUCCCUCGGGUAGAUACCGUGGACAGCACUGAGCUGGAGUGGCACAUCCGCUCCAACCGCCAGUUGAUCCCCAGCUACUCAGAGGCCAUGCUGAUGAACCUGGCGUCUUCAGACUCUGGUACAGCUGAUGAAAUCAGGUCCUCUAACUGCUUCCUGCUGGACAGCCACCCAGCCCAGAGCUAUGGCACGCUGGUGCAGGACUGUGAGCACUGCUGCCAGCUGCAGGGUGAGGUUGGACAGAGGCGGGCCACCACCAGCUCCAGCUGUUCCUCCAUCUUCUCCCGUCAUGCCUUUCACUCCCGCCUAUCCCUGGACACCUCACGCUUCUCACUGUGCCGCAUGUACGGCUCUCUGCGCACCGUGGGCCUGUGGAGGAGCCGCAGCAGCACACUGACUGACCGCUGCUGUGUGGACGAGCAGUGCUGCAAUUCCUAUUCCAGCCAGCUGGCUCUCAACGAGAGCCCACCCACCUACCGGGACGCACACUUCUUCCCCGUCCUCAUUGUGCACCGGCCCGAGGGCUGCGGUAGUGGUGACUCCACCACAGAGGUGCGGCGCUACUAUGUCCACCGGGGGUCCUGCUGCCUGGAGACCUCACUCUGA